AUGGGCAUCAGCGGCAAGGAGGGUCGACAGGCGGUGAACAACUCGGACUUCGCCAUCGCGCAGUUCCGAUUCCUGAAGAGGCUCAUGCUGGUGCACGGCCACUGGGACUACCGCCGCGUGUGCAAGGUGAUCCUGUACAGCUUCUACAAAAACUUCGUGCUGACGUUCUGCCUCUUCUACUUCUGCUUCUACACCGGGUUCAGCGGCCAGUCUCUGUUCGAGUCGCUGGUGUACUCGGGGUUCAACUUCUUUCUGGCGAUGCCCAUCUUGUUGAUCGGCAUCUUCGACAAGGACGUCGGCAACCAGACCGCGACGGAAUGCCACAAGCUAUACGCCGUCGGCCGGGCCGGCAUGGACCUCAACCUCAGGACGAUGACGAAGUGGGUGUGCCAGGCCAUCCUGGACUCCCUGACGAUCUUCUUCCUGCCGCUGGCGGCCUACAGGGACGCCUCAACGGUGUGGGCGGAGAGGGGCUACGGCGACGGGCUGUACGUGUUCGGCACCACCGUAUAUGCCGGCCUCAUCAUGGCUAUGAUGAUGAAGGUCUUCAACAUGACCAAUACGUGGAAUUACCAGAGCUGGUUCUUCUGGUGGGGAUCGAUAGCCCUCUUCUUCUCGUUUAUCUCGCUCUACUCCCUCUUGGUGUCGUACGCCUACGACUUCUACAACGUGGCCAUACAGCUCAUGAGCCGCUGCGCGUUCUGGCUCAUCAUCAUUCAGGUGCCGUGCGUGACAUGGUCUUUGGAUACCCUCAUCAAGAUGCUGGAGCACAACUUUCGCCCAACCGUUGGCCACCACGCCAGAGAGUUCGACCGUGGCUUCACCUCGGACACCGGGCAGCAGCGGCUCAAAGAGUUCAAGGACCGGGCGAGGGCCGAAGAGCUGUCCCCGACGCCCGGCAGCUACACGGACGUUCAGGAGAUCUCCGGCCCCAAGAGGGACGUUACGAACCACAAAUGGAAGAUGGGCCCGGAAACACUGCGCGCUCUCAGCGAGGGCAUGAACCCGGGGGAGCUUGCCUCGAUGGGCAUCACGGAGGGCAUCACGGAGGGGUCGGACGCCGUUCCGAACCGCUCCUCCUUCGCGUUCGACCACGUUACGGCGGCCUUCGGGCCCGGUGCCAGCACGACCCAGGAGGAGCUCCGCAACCUUGUCGCCGAGGUUAGUAUGGAUGCUGAUGGGUGUUGUCGGGGGUCUGCUGUUGCUUGAUCGUGUUGCCCACACGGGUGUGUUGGAGGUGGUCGUGAAGCUUGACGGUGUGUCGCCGAUAUGGGUUUGUUAUCGUUGGGGCUGCUGUUACUCAACUUUGUUGCAGGCAUGGUUGUGUUGGUGUUGGCAUGGUUGUGUUGUUGUUGGCAUGGUUGUGUUGGUGGUGAUGCUGUUGCUUAAAACCCGGUGCUGUAUCUACGUGAUGCGCUCCUUGCUUCAAGCGGCCACAAUCAAUACCCCAAUGCCACCAACAACAAUGAUCUCUUUGUGCGCAGGAAGGGGGUUACGCUUUUGAUUACAAAACACCCGCCAACCAAUACCCCACGCCACCUACCUACCCGUAGACUGAAAGGCAACAAC